UUUUCCAUUCGCUGAUCUUCGAAAGCUAAGUGAGCAACUGUGACUCCCCUAUAUCCAGCUUAAUUCCCACUGAGAAACGCGACCAAUCAUGAAAGUGAUAGAGGAGAGUUUCGUUAUUGGACCAUCGUCAUCAUCAUCAAGACCGAUUCAUGUUUAUCUAAGUUUCAAAGGAGAUGACGAAACUUGUAGAUUCACAGAUAUGCUUUGGGCUGCUCUUGAGACUGAUGAUUUGAAUACCUUUUGGGAUGAUAAGAAGCUUGAACCAGGUGAUUCCAUCUCUCUUCCUCGUCAUUUUCUUAAACCAAUUCGACAAUCCAAUAUUUCCAUCGUUGUCUUCUCCAAAAACUAUGCUUCUUCUAUAUGGUGCCUUGAGGAGCUCUCAGAGAUCGCUGCACGCAUUCAUGAACCGCGAUAUACUGUUUUUCCAAUUUUCUGUGAUGUCGAUCCAUCUGAGAUUCAAAACCAAAGUAACUCUUUUGAAAAAGCUUUUGCUCAACAUGAACAAAGGUUCCCAACAAAUUUAUGCAAGGCGCACAUUUGGAGAUCAGCAAUAAAUCAAGUGGCCAAUCUCUCUGCGGGUUGGGAUGUACCAUAUGACCCAUACCCACGAGUUAUUGAUGACAUCGUUAUAGAGGUCAAGAAAAAAGUACGUCAAUUGGAGUAUGUUGAUGCAGACUUAGUAGGAAUGCCAUCUCGAGUGAGAGAAAUAGAAAAGCUUCUAGAGCUGGGUAUGAACGAUGAAGUUCGCAUGUUGGGCAUUUGCGGUAUGGGUGGGGCAGGAAAGACAACUUUUGCUAGAGUUCUACAUGAUAGGAUCUCUCAUCAUUUUUAUGCUUCUCAUUUCAUAAUCAAUGCAUCUGAAUUUCACAAGGUUGCAAGUCAAGAAUAUCUCAAAAAUAAUAUUCUAGAAAAUAUUCUCGUGGUUAUUGAUGGCAUUCGUCUUCCCUUAUAUGUAAAUCAGAUGAUCUCGCUUGUAAAUUCUAACAUGUUAGGUGGAGGCAGUAGAAUCAUCAUAGUAACUAGAGAUGAAGGAGAUCUUAAAUGGUUUGGGAAGCAUUAUAUUUAUAGGUUUAAACUAUUGAACAAGGAUGAAGCUCUUCAAUUAUUUUGUAAAAAAGCUUUCAAAUGUGAUUUUCCAGUGAGAGGUUAUGAGGAACAAAUAGAUAGUGCACUCCAAUAUGCAAGUGGUCUUCCAUUAGCAAUUGUAAUACUGGGCCAUUUCUUAUAUAAUAGCAGAGGUCCUCAAAAACAUUUUGAUGAAAUGGACCACAAGUGCAAGGAAACAUUUUUAGACAUGGCAUGUUUUUUUAAUGAGAAGAAUAUUAAAUUUGUAGAAGGAAUUUUGGAUAGUGUUUAUAGAUUUUCUCUUGAUGAUAUACUCAGACCAGUGAAGUACAAUAUACAAGUUGUGAUUGAAAAGUCACUCAUGGCCAUUAUAGAUCAAAAAAUUCAAAUGCACAGUUUAGUGCAAGAAAUGGGAAGAGCAAUUGUUCGGCACGAAUUUCCAUGUAGGCCAGAAGAGUGGAGCAGAUUAUGGGAUUUUGAUGACAUUUUUGGUGUUAUGCAAAAUGACACGGCCACUCUUAAAGUUGAAGCAAUAGUCUUGGAAUUAGAAGAUUCACAAGGGCGUACAUUGAGAGCUGAAGGUCUAUCACGCAUGAGAGAUCUUAGAUUACUCAUAUUUCGCAAUGUAAAAUUUUCUGGAGUCCUAAAGCAUCUUUCCUUGAUGCUUCAAUAUAUUUCAUGGCACCAAUAUCCGUUCACUUCUUUGCCAUCAAGUUUUCACCCCUUUUAUCUUGCCGAAUUGGUUUUGCCUGAUAGCCGUGUCACAAGUAUAUGGGAUGAUGAUGAAGGAAAGGUAGUUAAAAGAUGGAAGAGAUUCUAUCGCUUGAGAAACAUGAAUCUUAGUGGGUCUAAAGAUUUAAUAAAGCUGCCAAAUUUCGAAUCCCUACCAAUUCUUCAGAGGCUAGAGCUUGAAGGAUGCAGUAAAUUAUCACAGCUUGAUUCGUCAAUGGCUUCUCUUUCAACACUCGAAUUCUUAAAUUUGAGGAAUUGUAGUAAUCUAGUUAGUAUUCCCAAUGAUUUAUUUUCUCUAUCCUCUUUAAAAAUGUUAAAUUUGGCUGGUUGCUCCAAAUUUGCAUAUUGUUUGAAGUUUCUUCCUUUUGAUGCGGUGCUUGGUGGGAGGAAAAUCAUUCAGCAAUCAUUUCUUCCUUGCAAGCGAAAGACGCUAUGGUUUGAAAGUCAAUUUUGUAGGAAACAAAGCCUGAGGAGAGUAAAGAAUGGAGAAAAGCUGAAAAGAAGUCAGCCGCCGCGGCCUCCGGGAGAAAACGCCGCGGAGGAUCAAACAGAAGAGGAUGAGGGCGUCUCUGUAAAAGGCGCUGCGGCGCCCAAGCUAUCUCGGAGCAAGCCUGUUCGGUGA